AUGACUGCAGGUGCGUACCGAGUGGUCAUGGACAGCAACUCAGUGUCUCCAAUGCCUGAAUUAGCUCCAAUCGCUGAAUUCGACAAAACACCUCCAUCUCCCCCAAACGAAGAAACUGCCGUUCCGAUGGACGAUCUACCCCCACCACCUACAGCCACUGUGCAAGAGGAGAAAGAGAAGGAGGCCCAGGAAGAAGCGUAA